CUGCGCACCGCUCCGAGCCCGGCGGACUACUUUCCUCAAGCUGUGGCGGCAGAUUACCGACAACAUGGAAAGGAUCCAGCAGGAGAAACCAGACAGCUGUGUGAGAGACCCGUCUAAGAAAGCUGGAAUCAGUUUUAAAGAUGAAAAGAACUCCUCUGACACUGAGAUCAAUCAGGAGAGAUCAGACUCACCUGAACCCAGCUGUGUGUCCAUGAAGAGUGACCGGUCUAUGGAUCAAGCUAUUCAGUUCAAAGAUGGACACCACUCCACUGAACAGAGGAUCAAUCAGGAGAGAUCAGACUCCCCUGAACCCAGCUGUGUGUCCAUGAAGAGUGACCGGUCUAUGGAUCAUCCUAUUCACUUCAAAGAUGGACACCACUCCACUGAACAGAGGAUCAAUCAGGAGAGAUCAGACUCCCCUGUACCCAGCUGUGUGUCCAUGAAGAGUGACUGGUCUAUGAAUCAUCCUAUGACGUUCAAAGAUGGACACCACUCCACUGAACAGAGAGUCCCCCAGCAGAGCUCAGAGCUUCCCAGUGGUCGGCCAGCCUCAGAGCAUCAAACAGAGCUGGACUCCAUAUUUAAGAUGCUGGAGGAGAACGCUGUCACUUUUGUGAAGAACGAGCUAAAAAGGAUCCAGAGGAUUCUGAAUCCAGACGACCCAGAAUGCUUAGGGAGGCAGGGAGAGGAUGAGAAGGUGAUAGACGAUGAGGAGGAAGAGCAGAGGAGCAGCAUCAGAGAGGCUUUUCUGCAGAUCACACUGCACCUCCUGAGGAGAAUGAAGCAGGAGGAGCUGGCUGACUUUCUGCACAGCAAAACCUUUGCUGCAGUGUGCCAACAAAAACUCAAAUCUAAUCUGAAGCAGAAGUUUCAGUGUGUGUUUGAGGGGAUUGCCAAAGCAGGAAACCCAACACUUCUGAACCAGAUCUACACAGAGCUGUACAUCACAGAGGGAGAGAGUCAAAAGGUCAAUGAUGAACAUGAAGUCAGACAGAUUGAAACAACAUCCAGGAAACCAGCAGGAGCAGAAACACUGAUAAAAUCUGAAGACAUCUUUAAACCUUUACCUGGAAGAGACCAGCCAAUCAGAACACUGAUGACAAAGGGAGUGGCUGGCAUUGGGAAAACAAUCUUAACACAGAAGUUCACUCUGGACUGGGCUGACGCCAAAGCCAACCAGCAUGUCCACUUCACAUUUCCAUUCACUUUCAGAGAGCUGAAUCUUCUGAAAGACAAAAAGUACAGUUUCAUGGAACUUCUUCAUCACUUCUUCACUGAGACCAAAGAAGCAGGAAUCAGAAAGUUUGAUCAGUUCAAGGUUGUGUUGAUCUUUGACGGUCUGGAUGAGUGUCGACUUCCUCUGGACUUCAAGAACAACCAGAUCCUGACUGAUGUUGAUGUUGAGUCCACCUCAGUGGACGUUCUGCUGACAAACCUCAUCAAGGGGAACCUGCUUCCCUCUGCUCGCCUCUGGAUAACCACACGACCCGCAGCAGCCAAUCAGAUCCCUCCUGAGAGUGUUGACAUGGUGACAGAGGUGAGAGGCUUCACUGACACACAGAAGGAGAAAUACUUCAGGAAGAGAUUCAGAGAUAAGGAGCAGGCCAGCAGAAUCAUCCGCCACAUCAAGACGUCACGAAGCGUCCACAUCAUGUGCCACAUCCCAGUCUUCUGCUGGAUCACUGCUACAGUUCUGGAGGACGUGUUGAAAACCAGUAAGAGAGGACAGCUGCCCAGGACCCUGACUGAGAUGUACAUCCACUUCCAGCUGGUUCAGUCCAAACAAGGGAACGUCAAGUAUCACAGCAGAGCUGAGACAGAUCCACACUGGACUCCAGAGACCAAGAAGAUGAUCCUGUCUCUGGGAAAACUGGCUUUUGAGCAGCUGGAGAAAGGCAACCUGAUCUUCUAUGAAGCAGACCUGGCAGAGUGUGGCAUUGAUAUCAGAGCAGCCUCAGUGUACUCAGGAGUGUUCACACAGAUCUUUAAAGAGGAGCGUGGGCUGUACCAGGACAAGGUUUUCUGCUUCAUCCAUCUGAGCCUUCAGGAGUUUCUGGCUGCUGUUCAUGUCUUUGUGGCAUUCAUCAACUCUGGAGUCAAUCUGCUGUCAGAAGAACAACCAACCUCUCCAUCAUCCAUGACAUCAAGAAAUUUAAAAGAACUCCACCAGAGUGCUGUGGACAAGGCCUUACAGAGUCCAAAUGGACACCUGGAUUUGUUUCUCCGUUUCCUCCUGGGUCUUUCAAUGGAGACAAACCAGCAUCUCCUACAAGGCCUGCUGACACAGACAGGAAGUAGCUCACAGACCAACCAGGAAACAGUCCAAUACAUCAAGGAGAAGAUCAAAGAGAAUCCCUCUCCAGAGACAAGCAUCAACCUGUUCUACUGUCUGAAUGAGCUGAAUGACAAUUCUCUAGUGGAGGAGAUCCAACAGCACCUGAGUUCAGGAAGUCUCUCCACAGACAAACUCUCUCCUGCUCAGUGGUCAGCUCUGGUCUUCAUGUUGCUGUCAUCAGAAGGAAAACUGGAUGUGUUUGACCUGAAGAAGUACUCUGCUUCUGAGGAGGCUCUUAUGAACCUGCUGCCCGUUGUUGAAGUCUCAAAAACAUCUCGGCUGAGUGGCUGUAAUCUGUCAGAGAGAAGCUGUGAGGCUCUGGCCUCAGUUCUCAGCUCCCAGUCCUCCAGUCUGAGAGAGCUGGACCUGAGCAACAACCACCUGCAGGAUUCAGGAGUGAAGCGUCUCUCUGCUGGACUGGAGAGUCCAAACUGUAGACUGGAGGCUCUCAGGCUGAGUGUCUGUAAUCUGUCAGAGAGAAGCUGUGAGGCUCUGGCCUCAGUUCUCAGCUCCCAGUCCUCCAGUCUGAGAGAGCUGGACCUGAGCAACAAUGACCUGCAGGAUUCAGGAGUGAAGCGUCUCUCUGCUGGACUGAAGAGUCCAAACUGUAGACUGAAGGCUCUGAGGCUGUCAGGCUGUCUGCUCACACAGGAAGGCUGUGCUGCUCUGGCCUCAGCUCUGAGCUCCAACCCCUCCCAUCUGAGAGAGCUGGACCUGAGCUACAAUCAUCCAGGAGAUUCAGGAGUGAAGCGUCUCUCUGCUGGACUGGAGAGUCCAAACUGUAGACUGGAGACUCUCAGGCUGAGUGGCUGUAAUCUGUCAGAGAGAAGCUGUGAGGCUCUGGCCUCAGUUCUCAGCUCCCAGUCCUCCAGUCUGAGAGAGCUGGACCUGAGCAACAACCACCUGCAGGAUUCAGGAGUGAAGCGUCUCUCUGCUGGACUGAAGAGUCCAAACUGUAGACUGAAGACUCUCAGGCUGAAUCAGAGCGAGCUCACAGAGAGAAGCUGUGAGGCUCUGGCCUCAGUUCUCAGCUCCCAGUCCUCCAGUCUGAGAGAGCUGGACCUGAGCAACAACCACCUGCAGGAUUCAGGAGUGAAGCGUCUCUCUGCUGGACUUGAGAGUCCAAACUGUAGACUGAAGGCUCUCAGGCUGUCAGGCUGUCUGCUCACACAGGAAGGCUGUGCUGCUCUGGCCUCAGCUCUGAGCUCCAACCCCUCCCAUCUGAGAGAGCUGGACCUGAGCUACAAUCAUCCAGGAGCCUCAGGAGAGAAGCUGCUCUCUGCUGGACUGGAGGAUCCAACCUGGAGCCUGGAGGCUCUCAGUGUGGACCAUGGUGGAGAGCAGAGGUUGAAACCAGGCCUGAGGAAGUAUUCCUGUCAAGUCAAACUGGACCCAAACACAGCAAACAGACGCCUCGUCCUGUCUGAGGACAACAGGAAGGUGAGACGGGUGGAAGAGCAGCAGCCAUAUCCUGAUCACCCAGAGAGAUUUGACAACUGUCAUCAGGUGAUGUGUGGAACUGGUCUGACUGGGAGGUGUUACUGGGAGGUCGAGUGGGAGAAAUGGGCUAAUAUUGGAGUGACUUACAGAGGAAUCAGCAGAAAAGGAGGCAGUGCUGACUGCAGGCUUGGAGGAAACGACAAAUCCUGGAGUCUAGAGUGUGAUGAUAGAAGAGGUUUCACUGCCCGACACAAAAACAGAAGAACAGGCGUUUGUGUCCCCUCCUCCUCCUCUAACAGAGUAGCAGUGUAUCUGGACUGGCCUGCUGGCUCUCUGUCCUUCUACAGCGUCUCCUCUGACGCUCUGAUCCACCUCCACACCUUCACCUGCACCUUCACUGAACCUCUGCACCCUGGGAUUGACACUGGCCUCUUCUAUCUGCCCGGUUCCUCAGUGUCUCUGUGUCUGAUGGAGUAACGAAACACUCACACUGCUGCUCAGAGACAACUGCUGAAACACACACACACACACACACACACACACAAACACACAAACACACACACACACA